AUGGGCGUCCCGGAAACGGACUGGGAAAGAUUCCCUCUGGCUGAGGUGGGUGCGCGUUCUUCAGCGUUUUGGUCCAGGAAGAAAAAGAGGAGAAAAUUGGGUUCCCGCUCUCAAUUCAUCACCGGAGGGGCCAGUGGAAUCAGAACGCUAAUUGAUAAAAAGAUGCCUCAACUCUGUCACGCUAUUGUACCGUUACUGGCUGGCAUUCAUGAACAAAAUGUGGUUUUUGUGGUGUAUACUUCAGAAAGUAAUCUCUCCAAUCCAUGUAUCAUGAAAGAACUUCUCAUACGAACUCUAUAUUCACUGGGUAGCAAACUAAUGGAUUCCAUGUUCAGUAUCAUCUUCUGUUCCAGCAAGGUGUUAAAAUGGCAGAAUGAAUUGGUAAAAUGUUCCCUCACCAGCAUCAUGGAUGCAGCUGCUUGGAUCAGAACUCUGCAGAUGAAUAGCAAGGGGAAGGCCAGUGCUUGGAAUGCCAUAGAAGAAGUGAGAGAUGAUCCCAGCUGCCAAGCAGUGUAUCUGUUCACCAGCGGAUUGCCCGAGGGCUCUGUGGAAGAAAUGUGUAGCCGCCUUAAGGAGACAAAGCAGUCAUGUCCAGUGCAUAUUGUGCAAUUGGUAGAAAAUGGAGAGGACAAUAAAAUUAGCUGUCAAAGGCUAUUGGAGAAAGUAGCCAAGGUGUCUGGUGGUACUUUCCAAGCCAUUGAUGGGGCUUCCUAUGAGGUAAACUGCAGAUGUAGUCAUUCUGAAUCUGAGUAUCCAUCUCACAGUCCUGAUAAGACUGGUUGUAAUUCAGGCUUUCAUCAUCCUAGUAGCAUCAGCAAUCAUCUCAGCUUCCCUCUGCUGACAGAUCAUUGCACAACACUAUUUCCUUUGGGUGCACAGGGCCCAGAUACUGGUAACACAUUUCCAAGAAGUUCUGUACAAGAGGAUUUAGGGGACUGUUCCACAAACACCCAUAAUUUGCUGAGAGGGAUUCGAGUCCUCGCUAGAAAAGAGACAGAUGGAUAUUACUAUCUCAGUCAUAUUGUCCAAAAGGUGAAGGACUCCAAUGAACAUGUUCUAAUUGAGUUUGAAAGAUGCCAGCAACCACAGAAAGGUACGGCUCCAUUUCGAAGGCAAGAAACACCUCUCUAUGACAUCAUCCAUUAUGAUGAUGCCAGGUGGCAGCCAUUAUCUGCAGGAGAUGGGACCCUUGCUCCAUGGGAGAAGAACGGCAAACGAUAUGGCCCAGGCAUUGUUCUCCAAGUAGCAGAAACCAGAUCAGAUUAUUCAGCUUUUCAAAAUAGCAAAGUGCUGAUUAACUUCUGGAAUGGCCAGACCAAGACAGUAUCAGCAGAUGUUGCUGUGAGGAUCCCUCUUCCGUUGUACGAGCGCAUUGUUCUUGAGCUUCAGAUGCCAUUAACAGCCAGGCAGCUGUUGGUGGAGCAGAAUCCAGAUUAUCCUUCUGCUGUGCCACCUGGGUACAGAGCUUCUGGACCUUGCAGGCGUAACCAUUUACCCUGGAUGCUUUGGCCUGAGUCUCUAAAGGUCCACUGCAUUGGUGUCUGUGGCAGCAACACCCAUUUUUCCCCUUGGUCCUUCUGCUGCCCACUACAGAAUCAUACUAUAUCUCCAAUAAGUUCAACAUGGGCAGAUGAUACUUUAAUCCCAAGAGUCAAGCCACCAAAAGAGGAACUGAGCAAGAAGUUAAAAGACCAAUUUUCAAAAGGCAGACCACUCAUUUCAGACAAUAACGAGGAUACAAAAGAAGAUAGCAGCAAACUAAGGAAGGAAACAAAUUUAGCAGAUGCAAAAUCCUGGGAAGAGAAGCAAAUCAAAGUUGCAAAACCUAGUAAGGAUCAUCAGAAAGUGAUGAAUUCAGAAGAUACAACGAACGAUACUGGCACCAUGGUUGAUAGAGCGACCAAUACAGGCAAAUGGACAACUCAGCAAAAACAGAAAUGUUUUUUCCAGCCCAGCAUGAGCGGAUCUUCAGCCCAGCCUUCCCAAAAAAAUACCUGUCGGAAAACUUACUUCACAGACAAUUCCAAACUCCAGGCAAUGCUUGACUGGGUGGACAGGUCACUGAAGGAAGAUCGUUUAGCUAUUGAAUCUGUUUUGCACAGCAGAAGGAGCUGUAGUGCACCACCAUCUGCGCAGAGAUUAAUGGAGAAAAAAGCAUCUUGGGAUGGUCCCAGAGAGGUGGAUGUCAAUCCAGCUAAAAUAGAGUUCAAACGACAGAAGUGGGAGCAGAGACAGCUUAAGAAGGAGCAACAGCACCAGGAGAUCCAUCACAAAAGAGAGACACUGCUUGAAAAGAAGAGGCAGAGAUCCCUCCAGCGAACCUCACAACGUUCACAAAGGCAGCAGGAGCAGAGUGACAGAGCUGAGCAGCAUCUGGAACAGCUCCGAGAAGCAAGAGCAGAGAGGAGAAGGCAGGAGUCCCAUUUGCGGGAAGAAGAAGAAAAGAAAGAGAACCAAAGGAGGGAGUUCUUAAAGGCACAGCACAAGCAGAGGGAGAAGCAGCUGGCAGAACAUAAUCAAAGGCUUGAUGGCCAGGAGAAAAAGAGACUGGGGAGAACACAAGCACUUCUCAGGAAUAGAAAAGAAGCCAUGCAAAAGAAUGCUGAAAUUGCCCUGAAAGAACAGGACACAGAAAAUAAGGAGAAGGAGGCUGCCAAAUGCCAUUUGUCCCGAAAGAGGGAGCAGAUUUUACAGCAUAUAGAAAAGGAGAGGCAGACGCAGAAAGGACUCCUACAGUAUCUCAGAGAACAGGACCUCUUGCUGCUCCGUGCUUCUAUGCUACCAUAGAACAAACCAAUUUU